GAAAACCCUAUUUUCUUUUUCCUUUCUCACGGUUAAAUUCUGUCUUUUUUUUCUUCUCUGCAGCCAAACAGAGCAUUGUUUCUUAAGUUGUUUUUCCUUUGUUUGAUGUUAAUAGCUUUCCAGAAUGGGAUUUCAAAAGGUUUAUAAAUGCUUGAUGCAUAUAUUCCCGCAGGUUGAUUCGCGUAUUCUAAAAGCUGUUGCUAUUGAGAACUCUAAGGAUGUGGAUGCAGCUGCAGAGAUUGUUCUGUCUGAGAUUCUGCCUUACAUGUCUAAACAAACGGUGGCUGCUAGUUCUUCCUCAAGGAGACCGAAUCCGCGCGUGCCUCCAAAUAGAGCUUUGGAUGAGGAAGAAGGCAAUCGAUUGAGGCAGCAGAAGGUAUUGUUGGUGAACACAGCAUGCUCUCCUACAGAUCCAUUGUUGGAAGCAAAUGAAGUUCUCAGAGACGAUGUUCUUACAGGUGCUGCUACCGGUGUGGGUUCUGUUGAGGCAUCAAGUGCAGCGAGUACUUCAAAAACCCAUGAGAACAACAAUAAUGAGCCUGCUGAUGUUGUAACCGAUGAAUUGAUUUUGUUGGGGAACACAGAAAAAUGUUCUGAAAUUGGGAAAGCUGAAUCUAGUGUCAGCUUGAGUGCUUUAGGGAUUGAUAAUCUUCUGCCUUAUGUGAAUCUUGAAAUUAAGGGGUCUGCAUCUAAAGACCAAACCGUAGCCAUUGAAGAUGGGAUUGUGAGGACUUCUCAUACUUCACCAGACACAGCUGAUAAGUCUACCUCACUUCUGGAGAAUACUGAUAGCAGUGGCAGCUAUAAUGAUAUUUUAAAGUUAUAUGGGCCUUUAGAUCUGAAUGCGGUUUCAUGCAGAAACAGUUCAUUCAAUAGAAUCUUGAUAGGGGAAGAAAAUGCUGGGGCUCUUCUUGUUCCAUCAUCUUCUCAAGAACAAAUGGCAGAAGCCCUGAGAGCUGGCCUUCAUUCUGAAAUCAAUGACCACUCUACUGGUUCUGAGAAACUAGAAGGAGGUUCUAUAGAACUGAAAUCCCAGCAGGACCCCAUCAGUGAUAUGGGCAAUAUUGAGGAUGAUACCGUCAAUCCUGUUGUUAGUGGGUCUAGUCAAACAUGCAGAAUUGAUCUACGUGAAGAGGUCAUUGAAGAUGCUAAAAAUAAUGAGAAAACCUUGUUUCAGUUCAUGCAGUCGAUAAUGGAUUUGAUGAGAGAAGUCGUACUUCAAGAGGAAGCUGCAGAACUAGCAAAAGAAGAAUGUGCCGAGGAUGGUUUAGAUAUUCUCGUCAAGGUGGAGGAACUUAGACAGAGGCUGGCACAGCAGGCUGGAGAUGUAUUUGGGGAGAAGGCAAUUUUAUUCUCUGAAGGAAGGGAGCUUCAAAGUCGCUUGCGCAGCUUAUCAGAGGAAAGAGAUAAAUCUCUUUCCAUUCUCGAUGAGAUGCGUCAAACCCUUGAAGCUCGCCUAGCUGCUGCAAAGGAGUUGAUGAAAGCAGCAGAGCAGGAGAAGCUGGAAAAAAAAGAAUCUGCCCUUAGCGCUCUUGCCGAGCAAGAAGCGAUUAUGUCAAAAGUGGUUCAAGAGUCUGAGAUUUUACAGCAGGAGGCAGAAGAAAAUUCCAAGUUACGAGAGUUUCUUAUGGAACGUGGUCAGAUUGUUGACUCAUUACAAGGAGAAGUAUCUGUUAUUUGCCAGGAUGUAAGAUCGCUUAAAGAGAAGUUUGAUCAGUGUAUCCCGUUGAGCAAAUUCAUAUCCUCAAGCCGAACCAGCCGCAUCCUGGCUUCCUCCAGCUCAUCUCCGAAAAGCACGACCCCAGAUCUUAGUCCCGAGCAGGGAGAGACGGCUAAAACCCUAGAGAAGAGUAGCCCAACACCACCCGUCGAUGUGCAAUCACCGAAAAGUAGAUCAUCAGACGAAUGGUACAAAGCUGAUGACAAGGAGCUACUAAUCGAUGAAGAGUGGGAAUUUUUGGAGGAUGCCGAAUUCAAUAUAGCAUCACAGUGAAGCUAUCUUAAUCGUUGAUGAAACAUAAUCGAACCCCAUCCCUCGGUUAUAAAUGAUUUUAAUAUUUUCAUGCAUGUAAUACAUAUAUAUAUAUAUGAUGAUAAUUUAAAAGAUACUGGAACAAAAGCGAUAUGUAUAUUGGUAUGAUACCGACGAACUUAGUAUA